AUGAACGGUCCUCAAGUCCCAACUAAAACCGGCACAAACGGCGUUGUCAUUCACAAGAUUGAAGCCGAUUGGAACGAUGAAAACAAAAAGAAGAUAGAGCUCAACGCCAAAGCUAUCAACGUGCUAAACUAUGCAAUCAGAUUCAAGAAAUACAGAAAGGUAUCAAAGUGCAAAAUAGCAAAGGAGAUCUGGAAUAAGCUCCAAGUCACACAUGAAGGCACUAUUCAAGUCAAGCAAACAAGAAUUGACAUGAUGUGUAAAGAAUAUGAGAUGUUCUUUAUGAAGGAAGGAGAAUUCAUUGAUUAUAUGUUCGAAAGAUUUUCUAUUAUCAUCAAUGGCUUAGAUGCUAUGAGGAUUACAAAAGUUCAAAAAAUUCUAAUAAAAGAGUGGAAAACCAAAGUUAUAGUCAUAUCUGAGAGUGGUAAUAUUAGUCAAAUGGCUUACGAUGAACUGAGAGGAAAAUUACUUGUUUAUGAAAUCACUCACUUAAAAAAUGAUACAAAAAAGAAAGGAGUGGCUCCCAAAUCAUGUAUUGAGUCUCUGGGUGAUGAAUCUAGUGAUGAUUUAUCAUAUGAUGAGUUUGUAUUUUUUGUUAGAAAACUCAGGAGAAUGAUGAAACUGAGAGGAAGAAGCAAGGAAAGCAGUUCACGAGAACCGAAGAAGGACCUAAGAAAGGUCAUCUGCCACAACUGUAAAGAAGCAGGACACUACAAAUAUGACUAUCCAAAAUUGAAGAAAGAAGACAAGUCCGAAAAAGACAAGAAAAAUGGGCUUAUGGCCUCUUGGAAAGAUAUGGAGAAUGAUUCAGAUGAAGAUGAAAAUUCAGACAACAGCUCUCAAGCCUACCUUAUGGCCGACCACAAUCAGUCAGAUGAGUUUUAUCUAGCAUCCAAAAAGAAGGAUGACAUGUGGUACAUGGACAGUAGAUGCUCUAGGCAUAUGACCGGAAAGUUUACUUUCUUCAUCAAACUUGAAAAAUACAAUGGAGGCUUUGUGACUUUCGGUGAUAAUGAUAAAGGUCAAAUUUUGGCCAUAGAAGAAGAUGCAAGAACUGAAGAUGAUUUGAACUCACAAAAGGAUCAAGAAAAAGAUAAAUCGGUCCCCACUGUGAAAAAUGCUAGCUCUGACUCUGCAGAUCAAAAUACAAGAGACAAUUCUGUUUUGUCUCCUACUAAAGUUGGAGAUUCUGGAACCGUAAACACUGUAGAACUGAAUCAAAACCAAACUAAAAUCACCUCUCAAAAGCCCAAAGAAUGGAAGUUCUUGAGAAACUAUCCACAUAAAUUCAUCAUUAGAGAUCUAUCUCAUGGAGUCACUACUAGAUCCUCAAAUAGAAAGAGAGUCGAAAUUAACAAAUUUGCUCUAUUAUCACAAAUGGAGCUCCAAAAUAUAAAGGAAGCUCUUGAAGUUCUAUCAUGGGUUAAUACAAUGAAAAAAGUGUUAGUCCAAUUCGAAAAGAAUGAGGUUUGGACUCUUGUGCCUUGCCCAAAUGGUAAAAAAGUAACCGGCACCAAAUGGAUCUUUAGAAAUAAAUUGGGUGAGGAUGGUAGUGUGGUUCAAAAUAAAGCUAGAUAA